CUUUGGUGUUGCUUUAAAAGAAGAAUCAUCCAGACAUGCGGUGGGGUUGUCCUUGCCCACACAGCAGACGGAAUAGCCUAUGAAAUACAUAAUUAAUAAUUAGCCUACGUAUAACUGAAUUUGCUUGUCCUGAUUCCCUGGAUUUAGCAGAAAGUAAACAAAUUACACUAUAACUGAGAAAAAAGCAUUCAUUGGUCUGGUGAGAGAUUUGUACACCCUCCCAAAUCGACCGCAUGCUCCACCCUAACAUAGUGCUACAUUCGUGAAACAGGCGGCCGCAGACUGCCGUUCACUGGACUCGUGUUAGACUUUCAGUAAGAAAGUUUUUCAUGUGGAUUACCGAUCAUGAGAUGACUGGGCAGUUGCUAACGUGACACAUUGGAAAACGGCGAUUAGAAAAGGCAUACCUGAGUUGGAGCCUUGUACCGUCACUGGUUGGAAAUACAACUUGAGUUAAGAGAUGGGUCAGAGGGGAGGCUUCUAACCACCGAUAAGGCUACAUCUGUGGCUAUGGAGGGGUUCAAAGAUCAGUCCUCACCCUGGGCAGAUGAAAUGGGGACCUUCAACUUCACUCCUACAGAAUCCCUGAAUGCAAAUGGAAAGGAUUUGCCUUUAGUGAGCCUGGACAACAUUGUGGAGGUGGUCUUCAUAAUUCUAGGACUUGGUUCUUUGAGCUUGAUUACAAUUAUUGGUAAUAUCUUGGUCAUUGUCUCUAUAAAAGUAAACAGGAAUCUCCAAACAGUUAACAAUUAUUUCCUGUUUAGCCUGGCCUGUGCAGAUCUGAUAAUUGGCCUGUUCUCCAUGAACCUCUACACAGUCUACAUAGUGGUUGGCUAUUGGCCUCUUGGCCCCGUUAUUUGUGACCUGUGGUUGGCCCUUGACUAUGUUAUGAGCAAUGCAUCAGUAAUGAACCUGCUAAUAAUAAGCUUUGAUCGCUAUUUCUGUGUAACCAAACCACUCAGUUACCCGGUCAACAGAACCACGAAAAUGGCAGGCAUGAUGAUAGCAGCAGCGUGGGUGCUCUCGUUCAUAUUAUGGGCGCCGGCCAUUCUUUUCUGGCAGUUCAUUGUGGGUGAGCGGACAGUUCCAGAACAGGAGUGCUACAUUCAGUUUUUCUCCAAUGCAGUGGUGACCUUUGGCACGGCCAUUGCUGCAUUCUACGUGCCGGUAAUUACCAUGAUCGUGCUGUACUGGCAGAUCUCCAAGGCCAGCAAGAGUCGUGUGAGGAGGGAGAGCAGGAGGGUGUCCAGUGAAAGUCAGGACAAUCAUCAGGGCGGCCUCACCCCAGGAGCCAAUCAGUGCAGGGGGAAAGGAAGCAAGGGUGGGAACAAGGCCGACAAAGGGCCACCGCUGCCUCCAUUAGACGCUGGCGCUGAGGAUGCCACCACCGGAGAGGACCAGGAGACAGAGAACGAGUCCACAUCAGGCAGUGUCCUUGUUUCGUCCAAUCACAAAGAGGAGGAGGCUGAUGCUGUGGGGAAGACGGUGGUUGGCCAAACCACACUGUCGCCACAGUUAAAGCCAAAUUCGAACAGAACCAGAGCCAACUGGUCCAAACUCACCUGUAUCUGGUCACCAUCCCUACCUACUGACAUGAAGGUGGAGACAUUCCCUGAAGGGUCAAGUUCGGUUUCUCAGAGGAUCCUAAAAUCGACCCUUCGGCCACCCAAAAGGAGAAAGCGAGGAGGUGUACCGUCCCGUGAGAGGAAAGUCACACGGACCAUCAUGGCUAUUCUGGUGGCCUUUGUGGUUACUUGGACUCCGUACAAUGUGAUGGUCCUCAUCAACACGUUCUGCAGCACCUGCAUCCCAGCCUCCAUGUGGACCUUUGGCUACUGGCUCUGCUACAUUAACAGCACGGUCAACCCAGCCUGCUAUGCUCUGUGCAACAUAACAUUCAAAAACACCUUCAAACAACUCUUGCUGUGCCGAUACAAAAAUAUCCGCUCAUCUAAAUGAAGAAAGAUGCUAAAAUGAGGGAAGGUUAAUAUGGAAUUGAUUAGAGGUUAAAAAAAGGAAUCUUUAAAGUUGCCAUCAGCGAUUUCGCAGGAGAUGCCAUUUGUUUGUGUUUAUAUUUUAAUGUAUUAGCAGACACUUUUGUCCAAAACAGCGUUAUAUUUGAACCAAGGACCAAACGAAACACGCCAGAAAGGUACAGUAGCUCUACCUUCAGAAUUCCAGAGAAAUUCCACGCAAAGUUUCGUUUUGGUAGGUGGACAGGGUUAACCUGACUCUCGCCAGAUGAAUUUCGUUCCGCCUAGCUCCGCCUAGCUCCACUCACAGGAUGAGAAUGAAAUUCAUCUGGCGAGAGUCAGGUUAGGACAGGGUGCCCCUACUUUCUUUGUUUCCAAUUUUCAGAGCCUGGGCUGCCUACAGAGAGCUGUUUUAUUUACAGUGUAAUCACAGAAUGGGCGUGGGCCGGAAAUCGUGUAAAAUCGCUACACCUUUAAUCUCAGACACCCUAGAGCCAGUACUGAUCAGAUAUAAGAUCUGUGUGAGUUGUAUAUCAUUAGGUAUAAUGUAAUAACUGUAAACAUGCUAUAUACACAAAAGGCAUUUAAGUGACCUUAUAAUUUAAAUCCAUCUUGGCAUCCACCACUGUCUUACAGUGUAAUAUCCUGUGAUAAAGUUCAAUUUGUUUUAAGGCUUAACAUUACAUGUUGCCCCAAAAUGGUCAAUCACAUUCACUUUUUGCAUACACACAUUUAUUAUGAUUGAGUAACUAUUUAAACAUAAAACAUGUAACCUAUACUUUGAAUGUUACUCUUUUCAGUCAAGGGCUGUCACUGAAGGGUUUUUUUUCUGAUCUGUACAGCAGUUGGAUGCCAAGUGCAUGGUCUGCCAUUAUUUACAACAUGACAUGCUCAAGGUUACAUUUCUCUAUUGUAAAAUAGAUCCUUAAACUCCAGGAAUGUGAGGUCUCAAAAUGUGGUUUGAUGUGGUCUGUUGAACAUGUGUAUGUUUAAAGAGCAAUUGUAUUAAUAUACUACCUUCAUGUAUUAUGUGUAUAUAUUGCUUACACCAUAAAUCGUUAAGUCCUUUCAAGCUUGAGUAUCCUGCUUUGACUGUAAAAUAUAAAUGUUACUCCUAAUACUGUUAA